UGCUCCUUCGAGCGCCUCCUGGUGCUCCCAAGGUUUCGCAAGGAAGCAGCUAUGAAGAGGAAACCGAUGCUCAACAUGAUGCAGUUGGUUCUUGUUUUCUUGGGGUGCUUGCCUGCAAGAUCAGUAUUGGCUGACCCCAGUGAAGAUGAAGCGAAAAAUAUCACCAUCUUUACAAGAAUUUUAGACAGACUUCUGGAUGGUUACGACAAUCGUCUGAGACCUGGAUUAGGAGACAGUACAACUGAAGUCUUCACAAACAUCUAUGUGACCAGUUUUGGGCCAGUUUCAGAUACAGACAUGGAAUAUACAAUAGACGUUUUCUUUCGCCAAAAGUGGAAAGACGAGAGGUUAAAGUUUAAGGGUCCAAUGAACAUUCUUCGACUAAACAACUUAAUGGCCAGUAAAAUCUGGACUCCAGAUACAUUCUUCCACAAUGGAAAGAAGUCAGUGGCCCAUAACAUGACAAUGCCAAACAAGCUACUACGAAUUCAAGAUGACGGGACGCUUUUGUAUACCAUGAGGCUCACGGUCCAGGCUGAAUGUCCAAUGCACUUAGAAGACUUCCCUAUGGAUGCCCAUUCAUGCCCAUUGAAAUUUGGCAGCUAUGCAUAUACAAUUUCAGAAGUAACUUACAAGUGGACUUACAAUGCAUCUAAUUCAGUAGAGGUAGCCCCAGAUGGUUCCAGACUGAAUCAGUAUGAUCUUUUAGGUCAAACAGUUGGACAGGAAACAAGUAAAUCAAGUACAGGUGAAUACAAAGUAAUGACAGCACAUUUUCACUUGAAGAGGAAGAUUGGCUAUUUUGUGAUUCAGACCUACCUCCCCUGCAUCAUGACAGUAAUCCUAUCCCAGGUGUCAUUCUGGCUGAACAGAGAAUCUGUCCCUGCAAGAACAGUCUUUGGAGUAACUACUGUACUGACAAUGACAACGUUAAGCAUCAGUGCUCGAAAUUCCCUGCCCAAAGUCGCCUAUGCCACCGCCAUGGACUGGUUCAUCGCCGUUUGUUAUGCAUUUGUAUUCUCUGCCUUGAUAGAGUUUGCCACUGUAAAUUACUUCACAAAAAGAGGAUGGGCCUGGGAUGGGAAAAGUGUAGUCAAUGAUAAGAAAAAAGAAAAAGCAUCUGUCCUUAAGAAAAACAAUGCCUAUGCAGUUGCAGUGGCCAAUUAUGCACCAAAUAUCACCAAGGACUCGGUUCUCCCGACAAUUUCCAAAAGUGCUACCACUUCGGAGCCAAACAAGGCAAAGCCAGAAGCCAAGCCGCAGGAAGCAAAGAAAACCUUCAACAGCGUUAGUAAAAUCGACAGGAUGUCAAGAAUAGUCUUUCCAGUUUUAUUUGGUAGUUUCAACUUAGUGUACUGGGCUACAUAUCUCAACAGGGAGCCUGUCUUACACGGGUUUGAACCAGCGCAAUAAGACCUUAAUUUUCUGCCGAGGGUGUAUAGCAUCAUUAUAAUCAGAUUUGUUUUCCUUUGUAUAGCACGACUAAUAACUGCUAAUCAGUGAACCAAUAUGUACAGAUUGUAUAUAGGUACUAUGUCCGUGUAUCUCCCAAACGAGGUACGCAGAGUUUAUUCCUGGGAUCUGUAAACAGAUAGUACCCAUGGCAAAUAUAGUCUGCUCUCCUGUCCAUGUGAGUUCUCCUCCUAAAGUGGGAUUAGAGUAUGCUGAAUUAUAUCCAUACAACCAUAUAUGGUCCUACAUGACUAUUUAAUAACACUAUUUUUUUAAUUUAAAGUUUAAGAUAUUUUUCUAUAAAAUGACUGAUUCUACUUUAAUGCAAAGAAGCUAUCAUUUAAAAGAGAGGGAUUUUUUUAACAAAAUAAUCUUAAUAAUUUCUUACGGUAGCAGUGCCCAUGUAAAUAUUAUAGAUGUGUGGUGAACGCAAGUAUUCUCUUAUUCGCAAUCAUUACGAGUGCUAGUUACAUUUAAGAGCUUUUGGAAUGUCACAGGUUAGCUUUUUCCUUACUUUUGAGUUGAGCUUUGCCAAUCAGUAGAGUGGCCGGUGCUUGCGGGUCCUCCUGCCACAACAA